AUGUUGUUGCACACGCUUCGGUUGUUCUGCAUAGCAGGGUCUCUCCAUGCCAUUUCCAUUCCUCCAGGCACCGGACCUUACCAUGUAGGAUAUACCCAGCACGUUUUCAACCAUACCACCUACGAUGAUCCCACGCCCGCUGCCGUCAACGGAACCGGCACUUUCAUCGUCGCUACAAUCUACUAUCCGACCUUGCAACUCCCAAACACCACCUCGCCUUACCUCGAUCCCAUCAACAUCGACCUAUUCUCUGCGUCCUUCGACUACCCGCCCGACUCCCUCUCCCACCUGACUACCACCCUCCAAUUUCAAGCGCCCACUCUCUUCAACACCUCCACCUCUCCCACACUCAUUUUCUCCCCUGGUGGCGGUGUCCCCUGUGUUGCCUACACGGCUAUCCUCUCCGACCUCGCCUCGCACGGCUACGCGGUGGUUGCCAUCGAUCAUCCCGGCGAGGUUCCCUACCUGCCCACCCCCUACACUGACUCAGGUACCUACGGCUGGGGCUACACCUAUUCCUUCACCGCCGCCGACAUCGUCGAAAUCUACGCUUACCGCGUAGCCGAUAUCUAUGCCCUCGUCAGCUUUCUACCCUCCCUCGCAGCCCUCUACGCCGCCCCUUUUAACCUCACCCACUUCGGGGUCUUUGGCCACAGCGUCGGCGGCGCUGCCGCCGCGGCCAUCCUCGCCGCCCAAGAAUCCAACGCCUCCACCACCACCCCGCCCCUCUUCCGUGCCGGCCUCAACCUUGACGGCGGCUACGACUUCCCGGCCAACAGCACAUACCCCUCGCUCGGCCUCCGCCACGGCGGUCCCUUCGUCCAGCUCGGUGGCGAUGAGCACGGAUUCAACGGAACGGCCGACCCGACCUGGGCCCCUUUCGGCGCCGCGCAGACGGGCUGGUGGCGCUGGCUCGUGGUGCAUGGAGCGCAGCACCUCGACUUCUCCGACAUUCCGCUCUGGAUAGACCUGCUGGACCUGCGGAACAAGACGACGACACCACAGCUGGGGGGCAUUGGCGGGCUGCGCGUGAUGGAGAUUACGAGGGUGUUUGUGAGGGCACUGUUCGGGCUGGUGAGAGGGGAGACGGAGGUGGUUUUUGAGGGAAGGGGCCCUUUCCCGGAGGUGGAGUUUGUGGAGGGGGGAGACGGGGAUUGA